AUGAAAAGUGUCGCUCGUUCUUUUAUUUGGUGGCCUGGAAUUGAUAUAGAAAUUGAAGGUAUUACAAAAAGAUGUGAACUUUGUUUGAUUCAUAGUGAGAAUCCUCCAAAGGUAGUUCUACAUAGUUGGCCUUGGCCUGAUGGCCCAUCUCUUAGUGUUCAUUUAGAUUUUUUAGGUCCUGUUAAUAAAAGAAUGUUUCUUGUGAUAAUAGAUGCUUUUUCAAAAUGGGUGUAUGUGAAAUUUAUGUCUAACAUGACUACUUUUUCAACUAUUAAAAUUUUAAGAGAAUAUUUUGCUUAUUGGGGCAUUCCUGCUAAACUUGUGACUGAUAAUGGUCCAUUUUUAUGCUCUAAAGAGAUGAAAGAUUGUUUACAAAAAAAUAGAGUUUUUCAUAUUAAAACUUCACCUUACAAUCUUGCAUCAAAUGGUGCAGCUGAAAAUCUUGUUCGGGUUACUCCUGCAGAAUUACACAUUGGGCGCACCUUGCCAACUCAAUUCGAUAGACUAAUUCCUUUUGCUAAGAAUAAAUAUAACAAGUGUUUGGAAAAUGCUAAACAUGUUUUUAGAGGCAAUAGAGAGAAAUCCUAUAAAAUUGGAGAUACUGUCAUGUGCAGAAAUUAUGGAUCUGGUAAUAUGUGGGUACCAGGCACAAUUAUUAAAGUAUUGUCACCUGUUACUUAUCUGGUUCAAAUUAAUAAUUCUUUAGUGUGGAAAAGACAUAUUUAUCAAAUUAUUGAUAGAGUUAAAAAUAAUAAUGUUAAUCAUAAACAUUUGAGUGAUAUUGAAACUAGGAUUAGGGAAAACAAACCAGUAAUUGAAAGUAUUAUUGAGGAAGGAGAAAAAGUUAGUACCGAGGUAGAGAAUACUAAGUCUGAUGUUAUUGAAGUUAAGCCAGAAGUCACACAGGUUAGGAAGAGUGAUAGGAUUAUUAAAAAACCUCAAAAGUUAAAUUUGUAA